AUGGAGAUGGACACCUUUGGCAGUAAGUUAAAGCAGAAGGCUCUGAAGCAACCUAAGCAGAAGAAAUCCAAGUCGGCUGAAUUUCUGAUGGGUGAGUCCUGCUUGAUGAAAGAGAGCACUGCAGUGGUAAGCAUACAACAUUCAGCCUUUAAUGGAGGAAGAAGUGCCAAGCUCUCUGCUCCUCUGGUUUGGCUGGGAAGAGAAAUUCGAGGUGACAGGCCAGAUAGCACCCUUGCAGCUCACCAAAAAAAAAUGGAGCUGCAAGCCUCUGCCAAAGAAAGAGGAGAUGAACGUGCCCAAAAUUACUUUGACCCGUCGUCGGCACUGCAGACAGACCCAAGACAUUGCAGGAUGGCCGGGGCCAGCACUGAAGAUGAGCUGGAAUUAAGUAUAUUAAAUGCAGAUGAAAACAGACUGUAUCAAAGAAUGGCGGCGUUGUUGGAUGAGGACGAUACCUUCAUAGACCUACCUGGUACGCUGCAAGCCUCCAGGGAUGAGGAGGUGUUGGAGGUGAAGUCAGGUGAUCCGGUGCUUCAGCGGCGACGGAUGCUCCACGGUGGUGGUCACGCCUCAGGCUCCAGGCCCUCCCAGCCCCGUACCACUGCCAAAGCCCAGGUGGAGGCUGGUGCUGGGCUGGAAGGAGGAGCCGGACUCGAAGCAGGGAGGAUUGUAAUGGGCAAAGAGAGCACUGUAAAAAUGAAGAUAACUGAGGAGGUGAUCCCCCACUAUACCCAGCAGCUGAGGGAGCGUGUGCAGCCUGACAUGAUCACGCUUGGCAGCCUUUCACUGCAGCAGCAAGUGGCUCAGAGGGGACCACUGAGGAGCAGAGAGUGGGCAAAGCGGAAGAAGAGACUAAUUGCCUUCUUUACCGGGAAUGUCAAGCAGCAGAGCCACCGAAAGCCCGUCAGUCAGAGUGCUGGGAGAAGGCCAAGAGGAAGCGGUGGCCAAAUUUCACCAGAUGACAGAGAUCCCAGUGUCCUCCUCUUCCGCAUCCCGGCCCAUGUGGCAGUACACAUUGACUCUGAAUAUAAUCCAGUCAACUAUGUUUUCUACAAAGCAUAUUUCCGGUUCCAGGAGACAGGGUUGUAUCUGAAGGUGAACCAGAGCAGAACUCCGCAGCCUGUGGAGGUGUGCGUGUGCUGCCUGAGAGCCGCCAGAGACAAACUACCCAGGGGCCUCUACGCUGUCAGUGUGUCCCUUGACAGUCGUCUGGGGGGUUCAGCUCUAGCUUGGUGCAGUAAGAGGGAGCAGCAACAGUGGCCUGUGUGCACUGAACCGGUCGAGCACCGAGGCCGCUUCGACGACACCGACCUGCCCAUUAACCAGAACCUGUUCAUGAUCUUACCUGCAGCCUGUCAGGUUAUCCCGUCCAUGGUCCUGAUAUUUCAGCUGAUUGCAUUGCGAGGAGACCGCUCUGUUGUGGCUUGGGGGGCAUUUCCUGUUUGCGGCCCAAGCCUCAGCCUAGUCCAGGGCAGGUUCAAAACCCCUCUCGUCAGGGGUGAGCCCAACACACAACUGGACCAGUUUCGAAAAAUUGAAGGCCUCCUCUCCUCUGAUCUCGACCACUGGCUGUGCAACAUGUACUUUCAGGUAAAAAGGCUCCCGUCCGGAGUGUCGGAGGGGCCGGAGCAUGGCAUCACUGUGUUGAUACCCCCUGCUAAACCCCCAGCAAUGCCCCACCCAGAGGUGCACCAUGACCCACUCCAGAGCCAACUGCCACUGCAGCCGCAGCUUUGCACUCAGUCCAUUCACCCUCAGCCCCAGUUGUACCCCCAGCAGCAGCAGCAGCAGCCGCACGCAGGCCCCAGCAGCAGAGCAGCGGAGCUCACUGUGGUAUAUUCUCACCGGGGGUCUCCUCUCCACCUGUCAGCUGAUUCUGCUUGCUCUUCCUCAUCUCUGCCAGGGAAGAAUUCCUCCUCAGGAGCCAUUUCUGGAAACACAGGAGAGAAGGGUGAUCCGUGCAGGGGGAAAGCAGAGGGUGGAAUUCACCACAAGAAGAAGCCAAUCAAGAAGACAAAUAGCUGCGGCCCCAGCAUGAGCAGCGGCGGCGCACCGCCUCGGCAGGCAGGCAAACAGAAGAUGCAGCGUUCAACGGAGAGCGUCUCCACGGAGGAGACGGAGGAGUAUACAUUCUCCCUACAAUCAGCACUGACGGGGCCGGGCUCCCGCCCCUCUUGCCUGUCUCAUCGAGCCCACCUGGCCCUCCGCAUGCUGUUGUCCGACCUGGGCCCGCCGUUGCUGGGGCAACGGCAGCCGCAUGCGAGCUGGCGUUGCUCUGUUCGGCAGCUCAGCCUCAUUAUGCUGCUGAUGGCUUUGAUGUGGUUUGUGAGGCUCUACCUGCAUUACUGCAGCCAGUGGCUCUACCUCCAGGCCAUAGCAGUUCCUGUCAACAAGGUCCAGUUCCACGCACACACGGUGGAGCUUGUAUACCAGAGUUCCUUGCUCCACAUCUGGGAGGAGCUGGUGAUGCUGGUGGUGGGUCCCCUGACCUUGAAUGCAUUAACGUUCCUGCUGGUUCUGAUCAGAUGGGGCUGUCAACAGAUAUUUGGCUCACUCCCUUCCUUCACGUCAAAGUUUAUCAUGGCUCAGGGAGUGUGGACAGUCCUCGACCCUCUGGCAGUCUUUGCAGUGGACGCCGUCCUUGGGCGUCUCGCCUACAGCCCUGACACACCAGUGGGAGAUGCAGCCAAGCUUUACUGGCACUACUACCGAGCUGACCAAUCAGGUGCAGCGGGAGUGAUCAUCACUCUCUUCCUCUAUGCAGUUCUUUUUCUGCUCUCCAUCACCAUCCUCUCCAUUUACCUGCUCAGAUUCCACAAUGAUGGCCACAUGCUGGACAUCUUUCAGCGGCUAACAGCCAAAGAGGGCGUGUACUUCCUUCCUCAAGAUAUGGAGCUGUCCAAUCAGGAACUGUGCUACAUUGUCAAGAAGGCAGAGCAGUGGAGAGGCUUUAAUGGGGAGAGGCGCAAGGUGGCAGUCCAUGACUAUAUCUGGACAGCAGAAGACCCCUUCUCAGGCUCUGCAGCUUCCAGUGAUGACCCAUCGAGGGAGGGUGCGCCCCUGCCAGAGGGCGAGACCAGCACACAUGUGGUCGUCUACACCCUGUACCUGAGUGGCCGGAAACAGAGAUACCGACACUUCCUCCGACAGUCAAAUGGGGCUAUCGUUGAGGUGAUAGGUGACAUGGAGGGGGCACACAGCGAUCCCAGGAUGGCCCCCUGCCCAGGUCAGGGCUCAGCCAAUCAGAGGGAAGACAAAGAAGGCGUAAGUGCUCCACAGCAGCUACGGAAACGGAAGAAACUAUUUUGCCGGUCCCAUCGCGUUGAGCCAGUAGGAGGAAGCGGGUGUGGCUCCAGUUUUGCAGUGUAAGACCUCAACCAAUGACAUCAAAGCAAAGAGAGAUAGCUGCAGCCUUAACUGAUGUAAGUUCUCUCAUCAACCGUCUGUUUGACUUUAAGACUUUACAGUAUUCUGCCAAACUAGUUAUUGUUGGAUAUUUGAAUAUUCUUUUAUAUGUUUGUGUUGUACUUUGCGGGAACUUUACCCAUAAAUGACUGAAAGAAAAUGCAGUAAUAUAUAUAUAUAUAUAUAAUGACAACUAAACGAUGACAAACAUCCAAAUACAAAUCACUAGAUUUUAUUUUAACUGCAACCUUAAAGGAGACAUGUUAUGCUCAUAUUCAGAUUCAGAAUUGUAAUUUGUGUUAUUACUUGAAAGGUUUACAUGCUCUAAUGUUCAGAAAAUGCACCAGUUUCCUCAUGCUGUUCAUUCAUGCAGCUCCUCUUGCAGCCUCUCUCUGAAACACAUGGUUUUAGCUCCUGUCUCUUGUCUCUCUCAACUCUGCUCUGAUUGGCCAGCUGGCCCACAUGGUUUUGAUUGGUCAGCUGCUUCCGGCGUAUGUAGGAAGUGUCGGCCUGGUUUGACGUGCCAGACUAGCUGCUGGUGUGCCACUUAACUAGCAUUGUGAUAUCAUAUAUCACAAUGGUAUGAAGAUAGAUGAUAUGGAAGCAUCGGCCGGACUACUGACAAGGCGUUUCAGGGGCUGCAGGAGCAGAGUUUUUUGUCAGGGAGAAAAGCUCUCUUUACCGCAGACUGGCUUUUUAACUUUGCAUACCUUUUACGUACACAAAAAAAAAAAAACACAUUAGAGAAAUGGGAAAAACUGAAGAACCAUAAUAUGUCUCCUUUAAUAAACAUAGUAAAUGUGAACUGAUUAGCUCUUUGUAAUUUAAAUUACAAUGUUCAGGAGCUCAUCUAAUUAAGGCAGGUAGUUGAGUGGUGCCUCAAAACGAUGAAAAAGAAAAUCAUGAUUUUCUAAAAGUCUCUAAUCAGAACACGAGUGAUAAAAUAUCAAUAUUGGCCUCACAUUAAGCAGGAUAAUAUUCUGGCCAGCUUGAUUUGUAUUGAAUAUGUGUCUGCUAGCUGGUGCUCAGUGUAAUGAAGUGGCUCACAAAUCAGGCCAUAAUGACCACCGACUUACACAUAUUGCUUAAUUAAAGGUUGUGAGCUUAUUAGCAUGUGUCUGUGGCACGAGGCUCAGGGAGAUGGGGAAUCGGGGCCGAUGUCGUUCAGGGCCAAGGCUGUAAAGGUUUUAUAGAUAGCUAACCUAUCAUACUAAAGCCAUAGCCCCCCUAAAAUUGGAUCUUAAUAACCUGUCAUUUUCAUUGAUGAUGAUUCUCCUUUAUGGGCAGCCAUUACAGAUCAAGUUCUGGGUCCUGUUCGAUGGCGAUAGCGGUCAUUUGUGCUCGUCAUUAUCAUGAAUACACCUUACUUUGGCCUUGGAGUUGCUCCUCACCUCCAUGUCUAAACCUUCGCGGUCAUUUCCCCUGGGUGGUGCACAGUGCAUAUGUACACACACACAACACAUUCUCUCUCACACACACACAUUGAACACUUAAGUUUCUGAUCCACGGAGGUCUGUUGGAGCAAAUGCCUUUCCAGCCUUGAGGUUCUCAUAAAAAGAAAAAAGGGCAAAUGUAAAAGAAGUUAGUCUAAGACGUGGAAUGAGGAAAACGCUACACAUCGUCAUGGUCGGAUGUCAUAGACUCUCAUGUUGCAACCUGCCCCUCUGUCUGCCUUUGACACUAGCCAGAUCCUAUAGAGCUAAUGCGCCCCAAUUAGAGAUCAUUCCAUUAACAGUGACAGUGCUACACCCCCCAAUUCAAUCAGCCCCCUAAUGAACAUUAAGCAGAGACACUGUCUCUCAGAGAUGACAGGAUCCUCCUCUCUCUCUCUCUCUCCAUUUGUCCUACCUUACUGGCUGCAUCAUUUAACCUAACUCUUUGGUUUUCUUUUUGCCUACUCUGUUGUCUAUCUUUGACGUUGAUCUGAAGAGGAACAUCAACACGGUUGAAAAGAGUGAAUAUUCUACCGGUCUCCAGUUUUUUUCUCCUCCGAUAUUUCAAUAUAUGAAUCUACAAAUUGCAAUGAGCGGUUUUUCUGUUCUCCUCUUGCUUUCGGUCUCGUGUGGCGUUUUCUGAGCGCGUCACCACCUUUUUUUGAAUCAUCGUCUUCAAAACAAUGCCCUGUGCAGUAUUUUCAAAAAUGGGGGCAGAGGGUGCAGAUGCAGAAGGGGCAAAGGUAUUUCAAUGGUUCAAAUAUUUGAUUGUUAAUGACAAACACCAUUUCAACACAAUUUAAAUUUCAAAUUGAUCCCUGGGAGCAAGUAUUUCAAGGGGGGGGGGAGAGGAACAUACCCCAAGGUCACUGCUCCACAAUUUGCUGAUUUAAGUUGAAAGAAAACCUUUUUUUCUGCAGAACUAUCACAAGAGAACUGCAGCGCCUGCAUCUGCUUAGAGCCAGCCCAACCUGGGGAUGUUGCUGGAGAGUGAGAAAAAAUAAAACAUAAAAAGAAAAAAAUAACACUUUGUCUAAUUCUAUAUUUAUAUAGCCCUCAGCUUGAGGUAUUCACAUAAAACAGUUUGUAUUGAGAAGUGCUGCGGUGAUCGUUAUGCUGCAUGUAGAGAUCGGCAACUCUUCGGGCACGGUUGGCGGGAGCAGCUCUGCCUGAUUCAUUUGAAUUAAAGUUACCCAACUAAAUAAAAUGGAUUCAAAUUCCCACUUUUAUUCUCUGCAAACAUUUUCUGGCUAUUUUUUCUUUUUUUCUAAGAAUCCACAAGCAUUUCUUUUGAUGAAACAGUUUGCACAUUUACUGUCUUUGCAUACAUGUCUGUAUUUUCUAUUUGCCCAACUUCAUUUGUUUGAUGUUGAAAUGUAAUUAUGUCUUGUAGACGGUGGAAGAGCUUGGUGUUCGGAUGUUUUUUUGAUGUGUGUACCUGGAGCAUUUUCACAAGAAAAAUAUAAUCGUAAAUAUUAAAUCUCAAUGCUACUACAACUUUA